UGCUGGAGGGCCACCACAAGCUGAUGAAUCUGGAGUGCUCAUGGAAUGACCUCUUGUAUAAUCAGUACCGUAUGGGCAGCAAUAGACACGAACAACAUGAACCUCAUUCAAAACUACUUUGGCAAGGUGCAGGGCCUGUCGGAUGACCUGGACAAGCAACUGUUGAUAGUGCUGCAGCGCGCCAUGGGCAAGGCUGGAGGCCACAGUGAGCAGUGCUUCUUCUUCAAACUCUACCACAACAUGGUGUCCGUGAGAGUGCAGGAACUGGCUGCAGAGGACCUGACGGCCAACAGAUCGUGUCCCUCCUCACCUGGGUCCUCAAUUAAUACUAAACAAAAGUAAGUCUGUACUGCCCUCUCUGUUACUCAUGUAGCAUUAGUGAUAUCUGGGCACUAGUCCAAUCAUCUAGAAGAAAAAUAAACGCACACCUAUUUAGGCGAGGUGCUUGCUAGCGGGCCAGCUGGACCCUAGAUGAGGAUGUGACCAACAAGCUGUCCAGUGCUCUGUGGGUGAGGGUGACUAACAGGUGGAGGGAAGCAAAUGUCUGCCUGAAGGCAACAGACAUCUUUCAGUUGGUGCUGUCGGUGCAUAGAAAGUUGAUGCAACGCUAUGGCACAGAGGAAGCCCUACAGAAGAUACUGUGCCACAAGGCACCCAAGCUGCACAAGGACAUUGUCUGUCUUGUCACGAACGGAAUUAUGGAUGCACCAUCCAAACUUCAAGGCACCAAAAAUCUGGAAUCUACACUCAACUUGAAAGAAUUGACAGCCUUGUUUAAUGAAAUGACAACCCGUCAAUCUUUGAAUAAGAAAGCUGAGCAGAGCAGCAUCAAGACUGAGAUUGAACAGCCGGAGUGGUCCACUGUGGAUCAAGUGACAUCCGGUUCCAGCAGCUUCAUUAGGGAGCUUAUAUUAGAAGAAGUCCUGAUGAAGCUUGUCAAGAAGAUAUGCCGUAUGCCAAAAAGGACCAACAAACAUCAGCGCAUCCAGAUCAGUGAUCUGGUGACUGAGCUGAUCCGAUUGUUCGAUGAUGAGGUGGCCAAAUAUCUGAUUGAGGAAAUGGGAAGCCAGCAAAAAAGUUUCAAUUCUAAGAUGACAUCGAAGCUGGCAGAUGCCAUCUACACUGACCUUGGGAAGGUCAAGCCUUUGAAACGCUCCUUGAAAAUUGACGAUUUAUUUGAGGAUCAGGAGAUGCUUUCCAUUGUCUCUGACAUUGUUUCCCACAAGCUACUGGCCAUCUUGAAACCCUCAGUGCCCAACCCAUAUGACCACGAGACCUCAGACCUUGAAGACUCAUGCAGGGAUGAUGUGGAGGAUGCGGAAUCUGAGGGGGUGCAUUAUGCCACCGGCAGAAAGUCCAAGAUGAGCAUUGUCCUUAAAGACACUACAGACCAGCCAGAGAUGUACAUUGCUGUGGAUUCUCCACCUAUGAUUAAAUUAUCCAAGAUGAGGAAAGGCAUCCGGGGCUUCUUCUGGGGAGUCCAGAAGGCCUGGAAACGCUUGGUCACCUGCAAGUCCUCUGGGUCCUCUGAUGGAUAGCCUGGAUGACGUGCAGCCCAUGUCAGUUGCUUUUGCCAGGCUACAUCUGAGGAGAACACCACAACUGGCCUCAAUACAACAUUUUAAUUUUUGUUGUUAAUUUCUGUUUUCAUUUUGAGUCCCCUAAUGCUGCUCUAUUUGAACCAGGCUGUCAGUGGACUAGCUUACCAUUAGUUUAUACUCCUUAAGGAAGAUCCACUAUAGGCUACUCAACACCAAAAUUCCAUCUGAGUCUUUUGAUCCCUUAUUAGCUCCCACUCCUGUAACUAGGAAUGUGAGCUUAUAAAUGUCAUUCAGACAUCUACAGCUUCUCCUGGGAUUAGGAAAAUAAGCUAAGAAGCCCAACCAAUUUAGAUGUGCUGUACAUCUGAUGCCAUCUCCCUAUUGUAAUCAUUGAUCCACGUCCAUUGCAGCCUCUAAAUUUGAUGUAGAUAUUUAGCCUAAAUUAAAGAAUUACAAGGAGGGUAGGCCGACAGCAGCUUCUACUCUUCCGAUUAGGAAA